AUGGAACCACGACUGGCUGCCAGAUCAGCGCUGCCGAAACAUUCGAGGCAAUUCCUCCUGGGCGUGGUCGUGGCAUCGCAUAUCCGGCCGAAUCACUUCAUCCGACUCCCUGCGCAGGUCAACACACCCCAGCAGAUUCAUCAGGAUCGCAAGGCACAUACUAGACGCAAUGCCUCAUCGGCCGCGCCUCACAUCAUCGAGACGGAGCAUGUAACGACCUCAGUGCCAGUCUCACGACCUUUGUCAUGUCUUUCUCUGCCCACGCUGAUCCGCUCUUACAUUAUCACCUCAGUGUCCUCAAUCCCGCUCCUCCUUCGACCCUCCUUAUCAGUAAUGUCCUUCCUCGCACAUACUAAGUCGCCUCUCUUCAUGCCGGAUCGGAAUCCUCUCCUCCAUUUUCUUCUCAAGAAAACAUUCUAUGCACAGUUCUGUGCUGGAGAGACCCCUACCGAGGUCAGAGCCACAAUCGCAGACCUAAAACAUACAGGUUACAGCGGCGUGAUACUGGGGCAUGCAAAAGAGGUUGUACUUACAAAGGAGGAUUCUGAAGGGUUGGAUGCGUCUCGAGACUCAUCACAGCAAGCAGCUCUCAACGCAGAUGAAAUUGCGACAUGGAGAAGUAAUACUGUUGCAACCGUGGACCUAGCCCAACCGGGCGAUUUCGUUGCGCUCAAGUUUACUGGUGCGGGUCGUCAAGCCUUGCAACAUCUCAAGGCUACCAUAGCAUGUUCUCCGGAUUUUGAGCAGGCUGUCCAUGAAAUCUGCCAAAGCGCUCAACAGAAAGGUGUAAAGCUCCUCUUUGACGCUGAGCAGGCGUCCCUCCAGCAGGGUAUUGACAAUUGGACCAUGUACUUCGCAAAAAGAUACAACAAGAAUCAAGCGUUGGUGUAUGGCACUUACCAAGCAUAUGCCCAACGCACUCCACGAAUAUUGGCGCGCCACCUCGAGUUAGCCAGGAACGAGGAGUUCGUCUUGGGCGUCAAGCUCGUCCGGGGAGCAUAUCUAGGUAGCGACCCACGAGAGCUCUUUUGGCCAACCAUCGAGGAGACUCACAAGUGCUACAAUGAGAUCGCAAAGGCCAUUCUGCAGAGACAGUAUCAAGGCAUGCUGCAACCCAUUGCUGGUGGUUCGUCAGAAUUCCCGCAAGCGAGCCUGGUACUAGCGACGCACAACGCCGAGUCUGUAAGACUAGCAGGGAAACUUCGUGAUGAACAGGCUCGGAAUGGCGAGCCACAAAUUGAACUUGCAUACGGUCAGUUGAUGGGGAUGGCAGACAACGUGAGCUGCGAGGUGGUACAAACUGCAAGAAGCCGUUUAGAGUCUAGCGCCACCAACGUGGAAAUCCCCCGGGCCUACAAGUAUCUGGUAUGGGGCAAAUUGGGCGAAUGCAUGAAGUAUCUCCUGCGUCGUGCCCAUGAAAAUCGAGAUGCAGUCACCAGGACGGUCGAGGCGAGACGGGCAUUGAGCCGAGAGUUGGGCAGCAGGAUGGCGUUCUGGAGGACAUGA